AUGACAGCGGUAACGGGUCGACGUGCGUCAUUCUCACCACCACCACAGUCCCUGGUCCAGGCCUAUCAGCAGCAGCAGUGGCAGGCAUCGCACUGGGCUGCUUCUUUGGGCUUGCCCUACUCGCAGCUAUCCUCGUGUGGUUUCUCCUCCCCAAACGCCGCCGUGAGUAGCCCCCUCACCUUCCACCAGCGCCUUAAAAUCGCCCUGGGAGCAGCAGAAGGCCUGGCGUACCUGCACAGCUUCAGCACGCCCAUCGUGCACCGCGAUGUGAAGCCCGCCAACAUCCUCGUCACUGACUCGCUGGCCGCCAAGCUCGCUGACUUUGGGCUGCUCAAGCAGCUCACUGAGGGGGACGGGGACGGGGGUGCCACGCGAAUCGCAGGCACGCCGGGGUAUGUGGACCCGGACUACAACCGCACACGUGUGGUGUCUCCCAAGACAGAUGUCUACAGCUUCGGAGUGGUGCUGCUGGAGAUGCUGACAGGCCGGCCAGCAGUGAUGAGCGAAGAGGACUACCACAUCGCCACGUGGGCGGCUCAACGGGUGGCGGAUUACGAGCUAGACCUGCUCAAAGACCCCUCAAUGGAGGUUCCAGAGGACGCUAUAGUGGAGUUUGCAGACAUUGCUCUUGAUUGCCUCAAAAUGCCGUGCACGCGCCGCCCGGACAUGAAGGCUGUGGCGCACCGAAUCGACGAUUUGAUUCAGAAGUACUGCACAGGUAAAGGCGAGAGGGAGGCUGCUCCCGUUGAGCCUGUAAUGAGAGCACUCAUUAGCGAGGAUGUGGAUAGUGUUGGUAUGGAAGGCUUCGGAGGUGUUAGUGGGUUUACAAGCACGGAAAGCACGGACAAGAAUGGGGCGGUUAGUGGGCAAGAAAGUGGGAGUCUGUUGGGUAAGCAAGUGGAGGGAAGGGAUUCAGAAGAGGCGGUGGGUUUGAGGGUUUCAGCCACGGAUAGCAUGACGUCUAAAGGCUCCCAUGCUGAGCAUAGUGCCAUCGAAAAUAGAGUUCAUCCCCGUUGA